AUGAUACACCAAUUAAUUACAAUUAGCACUUUAUUCGUUGCUACUAUUAACGCUAUUUUUAUUCAAAAUCAACCAAGAAAUGGUGUUGUUACCUUAGAUUUUGAAUUAGCAAGUGUUCCUGGUUUAGAUAAGAGACAAAUUGCGGAAUUGGAUUCUUUUACUGAUCUUUACUUCAAAUCAAUUGUUGAAGUAGGUUCAAAUCGUGAUCCAGUCUUAUUAUUCCUUGAUACUGGUAGUUGGUUAACCCAAAUUCCUGAUGUAAGUACUAAUUGUACUAAAUGUUUACUUCCAAAUGGUAAACCUGGAUUAUUUAAUUCAAAUAAAUCUACAACUGCAGUUAGAACAGGUAACCCAGCUAGAUCAACAUUUUAUAAAGGUGCUGCUUAUUUCUAUGGUGAAUACGUCCUUGAUGAUGUAUGGUUUGCUUCAAAUUUUAAAAUUCCAAAAGUUUUAUUUAAUGAUGUAAGUGAAAUUGGACCAACUUGGCCAUUUGGAAUUUUGGGACUUAUUUCAAAACCAAUAACUUCUAUAUCUGCAACAAAUUCAAGUGCUACGAAUUUACAAUUAUACUUAGGUGGUUAUAGUGAAUCACAUUUAGAUGGGGAUUUUGAUUGGUAUCCUAUUCAAGGUACUCAAGUUAGCGCGUUGGUUAAUUCAAUUAAUAUAAAUGGAACUAACAUUCCGGUGAAUGUAACACCACUUUUUGACUAUGGAAAUCCUGCUCUUUAUUUUAAACAAGAAGUUUAUGAUGCCAUAACAAAUUCAUUCCCAUUUGAUCCAAACAAUAGAAGGGGAUCUCGUCAACAUGACGCUUCUUUAUUUAAAGAUAAAUCAUUUACUUUAACUAUACAUGGCAAAAAUUAUACUAUUCCAUUAGUUGCUUUCAUUAAACCUGGUUGUACUGGCAAACAUUGUCCACUGGUAAUGUGGUCACAGACUUAUACUUCGAUUGGAUCACCAAUUUUACGAUUUUUAAACCUUGCUGUUAACGUUGACAUAGGAAACGAGUUUAUCGGUUUGGCUAAUUGGAAAUCAUCAGAUACUAAUAAUGUUGUUUCAUUCUAG